UUUUAUUUUGUUUUUUAGGACGCGUGAUAUAGUUUUCAUGAGAAAAUGGAGUGUGCUUUGCAGAAAUGGUUGUUAAAUUCUCAAUGAAGAAGGCAACUCUUCACCAAAUUUCGUCGGUCCAAACAUACAAAUCAAGAAACUAACAACAAUUUACAGUGAGGGGAAGAACCCUAGAAAAUGUGCUCCACAACGUCGACCCUCUCGCUCUGCUUGCCCUCGAAGAUCCCAUUUUUGUCGCGUCACAAUUUGAAUUUCAGUUUUUCAGUCAACCCACUAUGCCUCAGGCCCAGAAAACCUAGUUACUUUUCGUCAGUUUCUGAGAAAAACUCCAGCCGUGAGGUUUCUUGGAUUUCGUUGGACAAGAUUGCUCCUGACGACUACAAUGGUUGGGCCAUUGCUGAGUAUCCUCCAGAGCCCGUGAAAAAAAGGGGUUUACCUACAUUUAUGGUGUUUGGUGUUGGAGGUUCACUUGCUGCAGCUAUUGGGUUACUUGCCUAUUUUUCCCUCUCAAGAAAAGGUUUUGAGUUUCGUCCCAAAAGUCCAUUUAGUAUUUUACAUGGAUUUUCGGUUCCCUAUUCAACUGUUACGGAUGAUGCUAAUAGUGAAGAAGUUAUACAUGAUUUGUUGUUGGAAGAAGCUCAUAUACCCAAGGAAAAUAUGGAUGAUGAUAUAUUAGAUUCAUCAGUGGUCACAGAUAAAAGCUCUCAGACAAUGAAAGAACAAAAAUCUGAGCGUAUUAUUAUUCCAAUUGCUGCGGAUGCUGCUCAACAAGAAGCUCUCUCAGCUCUAAGGACACUCAAGAUUAUUAAAGAUGAUGUUAAAGCAGACGAACUAUGUACCAGACGGGAAUAUGCUCGAUGGUUAGUUCGGGUGAAUUCACAUCUGGAGAGGAGUAGGGAGCACCGUUUAAGUACCUCAUCUGCACUUUCUGGAUCUACAAGCACUGCCUUCGAUGAUGUGGGAAUUGAAGACCCUGAUUUUGAAUCUAUUCAGUCUCUAGCUGAGGCUGGUGUUGUUAGAAGCAAACUGUCUGAUAAAAAUCCCGUUUCCAACUCGAACCUGGGUGAAGAAGGUUUUCUGUUUUUACCCGAUAGGUUUAUAUCUCGCCAGGAUCUGAUUGGUUGGAAGGCAAAAAUAGAGUAUAAGGCCAUGCCAGGACUUAAUGAAGAGGUGUCACGUAAGAAAGUUGGUUUUCUGGAUGUGAAGGACAUUUCUUCGGAUGCAUUGCCGGAGAUUUUUGUGGACACUUUUGCUGAUGAGAAGAGCAUCAUCAGACGAGUUUUUGGACAGAGUAAACGGCUACAACCAAAUAAACCAUGCACAAAGGGCCAAGCUGCAGUUGCACUAACAAGCGGAAGGAUGACAGAGUUCCUAUACAAGGAAAUAUCGAGACUGGAAGCCGAAUAUAUUGCGAGGCAAAUCGAAAUAAAAGAACUUACAACCGAGCUUAUAGAGAGAGGUGACAUAAAGCAGUACUGGGAAAGAAAGAUGGAGGAGGAAAAAAAUCGUGGCUUGGAAGUUGAAAUUAGCUACAGUGAAGCUAUCAGUGCUUUUGAACAGGAAAAAAUGUUUCAAGAGAAUGCUUUAGCUGAAAUAAUGAGGCAGAAGGCAGCUUUGAAUUGUCAAGAAAAAUUGCUUUCGAGUUUAAAGGCCGAAAUUGCGGAUAUGUCGGAAAAACUUGAACUUGAGAAGGAGAAUUAUGUUGUUGAGCAGGUGGAAGUACAGAAUACAAGGCACGAUUUACAGUUGAAAUUGGAAGGUUUGCUCGAUGAGAAAUCUAUACUGGAAGCCGAAAUAGAGGCACUGAAGAUAUUGAGGUCUUGGGUUGAGGAUGAGGCGAAGAAAAGCCAAGCUCGUGCAAAGCUUCUUGAAGAAGCUGGCCGAAGGUGGAAAUGGGGCAGCUAAUCCAAAAGAGUAGUGAUUAUAUGGAUAUAUGCUUGAUUGACUGCUGAUUAAGGUUUUUCUGAAGGGCAAUCUUAAAAAGACUUUUGAAUACCAAGGAUUAUUGAUGAAUGAACAUCCCAGUAAAAAGCCAUGCUGUGGGAUAUCUGGAAAUGGUGAAUGUAAUGAAUCAACCUUUAUUUAUUUAUUUAUUUUAUUCUCCUUGGAAUGUGUUCGAAUCGUGGAUGUAGUAUAGUUUCGUGCUCUCAGGUAGCAGCUGAUAAACUUUUGAAUUUUGUAAUGCUAUCGAAGUUAAAAAAUAACGUUUUUGUGUUUC